AAAACGGUAAAAGCACCAGAAGAAGAAGAAGAAGGUUUAGUGGCAUUUGUAGUCAAUGGGCGCCAAGUUCUCCAAAAAGUCAGUUAUAUCUGCGUAAACGGUUUAAAUGUACAUGUUUCCUAUGUAUAGUCGGUAGGUUUGAUGUUGACGUUGUAGCAGCAUGCCUCUGUCAACUGAAUCCCAAACAGAUGAUGACCAGUACAUUCUGACAGCCAGUUUGGAUAACGCGAGGAAUCUGUCCAAUAUCCUGAAAGCCAUCUCUUUCAAGGACCAUGCCAUAUUUAAUGCAACACAGAAUGGGUUAAAGGUCACGGUAGAGGACUCAAAGUGUCUCCAAGCCAAUGCAUUUAUUCAGGCUGACAUCUUUCAAGAAUACACUAUCAAAGAGGAUGCAGUUGGGUUUCAAGUUAACUUAACUGUGCUUCUGGAUUGCCUGACCAUCUUUGGGGGAAGCACAGUCCCAGGUGUGUGUACUGCCCUGAGAAUGUGCUAUAAUGGCUAUGGACAUCCGCUGACCUUGUUCCUGGAGGAAGGUGGUGUGGUCACCGUCUGCAAGAUUAAUACAGAAGAGCCAGAGGAGCCAAUUGACUUUGAUUUUUGCAGCACAAAUGUAACCAACAAGGUGAUUUUGCAGUCAGACAGUCUGAAAGAGGCUUUUUCUGAGCUUGAUAUGACCAGUGAGGUUCUGCAGAUUACUAUGUCACCAAGUCAUCCUUACUUCAGAUUAUCCACAUUCGGAAAUUCUGGAAAUGCCCAUUAUGAUUACCCCAAAGACUCUGACAUGAUGGAGCUUUUUCAGUGUACUAAAACACAGACAAACAGGUAUAAGAUGUCCCUGUUAAAACCCUCUACGAAGGCAUUGGCCCUGUCCUGUAAAGUCUCUGUGAGAACUGACAGUCGAGGCUUCCUCUCUCUGCAGUAUCUGGUGAGGAAUGAUGAUGGUCAGAUAUGUUUUGUGGAAUACUAUUGCUGCCCGGAUGAAGAAGUGGAUGAAGAAUAGUUUGGAUGUAUGAAAUUGAGGUCAUUUUAUUAAUAUGUUCAGUUAUGUUUUUUCAAAUGUUUUUGUGUAGUUUGGUAUUAACUGUGCUCUGACCUGAUGCUCUUUGUAAAUCUAUGACGUGAGCUUAUCGGUUUGAUAUUAAAUUAAUAUGUCAAUCAA